AUGGAGCCCAUGGACCUCACCCUCCCCUUCGGCCCUGAGAAUGAGCGUUCCCGUACCUGGAAGCUAGACGAAAACAAACGCGAACAAGCCCGCUCGCUCGCCAGCCGUCUCGGCAUCAGCUACGGCCCCGGCGGCUUGGUCUCCUCUCCCGCCAGGAACCGCCCCAAUCACACCACCCACCCUGAAGAAUACCGCAUGGCCGUCGAAGCGCUCCGCAACGCCGGUGGCCGUGACGCUGUCAACCCGGACGACAUCACCGCGCGCAAAAUGGCCUGCACCCAAGGCAGCCCAGAAAGCACGUUCCUCAACAUCCUCGCCGAGCUCGCCGGGUUCUUGAUAUUCGACCUGCCUGACGGUCAGGGCGGGUUCGUGAUUAUCGACCCGAAGCAUGAACGGACGACCGCGUGGCAUCCGCAGAGGAGUACGAGGGAAGCGGCUUGCGUGUGCGGGAGCCUGGUACUACGAGAGUCGAAAAGGAAGGGGUUGAAGGAUGUCGAUGGUCUGGCGGACGCGUUGAACUCCAUGGCGAUCGAUCAGGAGACCGGCCUGAUGAAGAAUUUGGAGGCCGCUUUUGGACAUAUCGAUCUUGGUGUAAAUGACAAGCCACCACAACCCGACGAAGUAGAAGUAAUAAACCUCACCCAAGUCGACCUCCCCUCCCUCUCGUCCACCCCACAGUGGCUCUCCUUCCCCCACAUCGCCGGCGCCGCCGAUUCCGCGGAACCCGAAUCGGAAUCUUGGAACCUCCAUCCUCACCACAAUCUCCGCCAACAGCAGCAGCAGCAGCGCGGCAGGGGAGAUAUGGAUGAUGAUGACAUGGACGAUUAUGAGGACUCUUUGUAA